AUGAACAAUCAGUACGUCCGUCGAGAGGUCUUCUGCAGGAACAGCUGCCAUGAGCUCAAGCGGUUCUGGGAGAGGGAGAUCGGCAAGCAGGCAUGCUACAGAGAGUCGGAGGAGCACCGUCUAGGGAGGAGCGCGCUGAGAAAACUCAGGGAAGAAUGGAAGCAGAGGCUGGAGACAAAGCUGAGGCUGCGGAACAACCCAGAUGAGACCGAGAAGCAGACAAAUGUCAGCUGAGCGCUUCCCGCAUCCCUGACCAACCGAGGUGCGGAGGUCACUCCAUUAGAAGCCAGUUAA